AGGGAUGGAACCCACGUCUCUGUCUCCUGCAUUGGCAGGCAGAUUAUUUACCCACUGAGCCCACCUGGGAAGCCCUUGAGCCAGCUUGCAUGCCCAGAAUGAAUGAAUGAAUGAAUGAAUCAGAGCCAGCUGAGUGGUCAGCAGGAAACUGAGCUCCAGGGCCAGGAAGGACCUUGGACUUUGCUCACCUCUCCCAGCACUCCUGGCUCUGCAUUCUGGCUAGGGUGUCCCCUGAGCUUGAACUUGGCCCAAGAGCAAGUUGGCUUCCUGGGGCAAGCUGGGCCCAUGUGUCCAGGCCACACCCCUGUAGCUGCCCCUUGGGCUCAGAGCUAUAGCAUAGUGGGCUGGGGGGUCGGGCCUGGAGGUGGUGAGACUUGUAGGGGAGCUGUGAGUGGCAGUGCUUGAUGCUUGCACCCCAGGGGCCCCACGCUUAUUUGUACAGGGUGGUAACUGGGGGCUGGCAAGCAGUGUUCUGGGAGGAAGGGAGUGAGGAGGGUGAGCACCAGGACUCCAGUCCCCUUAUGCUGGGAGCCUGGAAGUGGAUGGCCCCUGACAGUGUUUCUACCAAAGGCUGGGUGGAAUCAUAAAUCCACCCCACCCCCCUGUAGGAUUGCAUCAUAACCUCUGGCCUGCAGCUGCAGUUCCUUCUUGAGAAACAAAAGGCUUUUUGAGAGCCCAUCCCCCUCUGCCCCCUACCUCUGCCUGCUUUGCCGGGUGGAGGCCCCGGGACACAGCCUUUUGAGCCAAGGGUUGCAUGCAGGGGCAGACAGCUCCAGUUGCUCUGCCAACACCAGCCAGCAGGCCCGGGCAUGGCAGGGCAGGGCACCUCGGACAGGGGACCAGUGGGACUCUGCUGAUCCCCAGCCUGGAGGUGUGAGUGGAUGCAAAGUCACUUCAGCCGUGUCUAACUCUUUGAGACCCCGGGAAUGUAGCCCACCAGGCUCCUCUGUCCAUGGUUCUCCAGGCAAGAAUACUGGAGGGGUUGCCAUGCCCUUCUCCAGGGGAUCUUCCCGACCCAGGGAUUGGACUUGAGUCUCAUAUCUCCUGCAUUGGCAGGUAGUUUCUUUACCACUAGCGCCACCUGGGAAGCCUGGAGACUGGGCUCAAUAAACACAGCAGAUGAUUGAAUUGAUGAUGCCUGGGGCUUUCACUCAUCCAGGGCUUUCAUUUCUUCUGAGUGACAAGUCCAGUGCCAGGGAGAGCCGUGACCCUGGUGAGGGUGCUACUCAGGUCCUGUUGGUAGGUCUCAGGACCCCCUGACACCCUGCAUGCAUGUGGGCAGGGGUGGCACAUGGAAGGGGGCGCCUGCAGAGGUCGGUGAAGGUCACCACCAAGCCAGCCACGUGCCCCCACCCCAUCCCAGGCCCAGCUGGGGGCCUAGCGCUAUGAUCCCCUUCCGAGUCAACCAGUCCUCAAGGUCCCUUCUGGGAGUGGGCACAGGGACCGUGUGCAGGGAGGACCGGCAGAGGCCGCUCAGGCCCCAGGAGCGCCAGAGCAGCUCUGAGCGGCGCGGCACUUCCCCGUGGUGUCGCCGGGGGCGCUGCGGCAGCAGCUUCGACGGCUGGGCGGGUCCCCGCGCCCGGCUCCCGCCCGCGCCGCGCUUCCCCGCCGCACUUAGGAAUCAGCGCCCGCAUCGUCCAGGCUCCAAGCCGGGCUGGCUCGAGAAGCCAGUGCCCCCCAGCCUCCCCCACGGGCAGAGGCCUCCUGGCGUCCGAGGGUGCGGCGGAGGCGCAUUUAGUGGGCUUCAAGACAGUUACUGGUCGGAGGACUUCCCUGGUGGUCCAGUGGCUGAAACCCUGCACUUCCAAUGCAGGGGACCCAGGUUAGAUCCCUGGUCAGGGAACUAAAUCCCAUGUGCUGCAGCCAAAGAACCUGCAUGCCACAGCCAAGAUCAAAGAGCCCACAUGCCAGCAACCAAAACUUGGUGCAGGGAAAUACAUAAAUAGUAAAAAAGAAAAAGACAGUUUCUGGUUGAGACUUCCUUGGCAGCCCAGUGGUUGAGACUCCUUGCUUUCAGAGCAGGAGGCAGGGGUUAUGCUCUGGUGUGGGGAUAGCAGUGGAGGCCCAGUGUGCCUCUUUCUGGAAUCAGCAGAAGCAGACAGAGCUGGGGGCUGGGAAGGCGGUGACUGAUCCUUCCCAGCCCCAGCCAAGCCCCAGACCCUUGUCCAGUGCAUUUGGGUGGGACCCACCUGCUCUGAUGCCCCCAGCCUCCUCUCUGUGGCCCUUUCACACCUUUGUCGUAUCUGCUGGCCCACGCUGGGUGCUUCGUUGCUCAGUGUCUGACUCUUUCUGAUUCCAUGGUCUGUAGACCACCAGGCUCCUCUGUCCAUGGGGAUUCUCCAGGCAAGAAUACUGGAGUGCGUUGCCAGACCCUCCUCCAGGUGAUCUUCCCAACACAGGGAUCGGACCAAGGUCUCUCACAUUGCAGGAAGAUUCUUUACCAUUUGAGGGGGCACCAAUUCCUGAGGUUCCACCUCCCACGCAUCUUUGUCCACUUCUCCCAGCUAUCCCCACCAGUGUGGUCUUUGAAAAAUAAUCAUCAAACCAGGAGCCUGAUGCCCCGCACCCUGGACGGACAGAUCACCCUGGAGAAGACCCCCAGCUACUUCGUGACGCGGGAGGCCCCGCGCCGCAUCCACAGCAUGUCCCCGGCCACGAAGCUGAUCGUGGUCGUGCGGAACCCCGUGACCCGGGCCAUCUCCGACUACGCGCAGACCCUCUCCAAGACCCCGGGCCUGCCCAGCUUCGGCGCCCUGGCCUUCCGCCGCGGCCUGGGCCCCGUGGACACGGCCUGGAGUGCCGUACGCAUCGGCCUGUACGCGCAGCACCUGGACAACUGGCUGCGCUACUUCCCGCUGUCCCGCUUCCUCUUCGUCAGUGGCGAGCGCCUGGUCAGCGACCCCGCCGGGGAGCUGGGCCGUGUGCAGGACUUCCUGGGCCUCAGGCGGGUCGUCACGGACAAGCACUUCUACUUCAAUGCCACCAAGGGCUUCCCCUGCCUCAAGAAGGCACAGGGCAGCGGCCGGCCACGCUGCCUGGGCAAGUCCAAGGGCCGGCCGCACCCGCGCGUGCCCGAGGCCGUGGUCCAGCGCCUGCGGGCCUUCUACCGGCCCUUCAACCGCAAGUUCUACCAGAUGACUGGCCAGGACUUCGGCUGGGACUGACGGGGCUGGGGCCCACACCCUGCCUGGGGAUGCUCAGUGACCUUAAUUUAUGCCUAUCACCCAGCCGGAGCAGACCCUGGGCACACGCUGGGUGGAGAGAACUCUACAAAAUAAAGUUUGCAUCUGUGU